CCAUCUAUUACGCUGUGCUUCUUUUUGAAUGUUGUCUUUAAAUAAAAAGAUAGACUAGUGGGGCCCGAUCACUGUACUAACUAAUUAGGCAUCUUUCGCACGGAUGGCUACCUAGGUACCAACAUGUGCUAUGAACUCAGCACUAUUAGUUACCAUUAGGCACUCACUUCUAUUUUCAAUUUCCUUUUCAAACUUCAACAUCUCCCUCCUACCUAACUAGCCGGGAUUCGUCUCGGCCUACAAUCAACCUUACCCCCAUCAUACCAUAUAUCAUUACUCGUACAAUUCCAAACAGUACAAUUGCCCAAGAUGUCUACUAGCGCAGCCGGUACCGCCAUAACGCCGUUCCCGUACGCGGCCGGCAACGUAAUGGAAAUGACGAACUCUCAAAGCGAAAAUAUAUCUGCUACGAUCACAAGCGUUUUCCCCCUUACCAUUUCGCCUGUGAUGGAGGUACGGAUUCGGACAAAGAAGGGAUUUCAAAAAGCUAUCCUAAAAGUCUAUGAUCGUCGUUUCGGAGCCUGUCGAGAUUGGUACGCACAGAACCGAAAGAACCGAUACAAUCCACAUAAUCAAUGGGUUGAAAAUGCGUGGCAAAGAUAUAUACGCACUGGAAUGGCUGAGCGCCUCUCUGAGCACCUCCACCGCGAGGAUAAAAAAGACAUCCCGUGCUACCGUGACGACUCAGAUUUUGAUAAUGAGUCACCCCAGUGGGAGAAGGUUGGAAAGAUAGAAGGUAUCCUCCACCACAAAGCACAAAAGUAUUACGCACAAGAGAUCCAGGCAUACGGGCAAUUGAAAAAACACCAAGGCCGAUUCGUUCCUCGAUUAAUAGAUUCCGUCACACUCUGCCCGUCCGCUGCACAAGCUUAUCUUCCUCCGGAUCUCCCGCCCAGUUACUUCCAGGUUCGUGGCAUCCUACUUCAGAGGAUAAAUGGCUUCAACCUCGACAACCUACCCCAGAAUGUUCCGAAUCUACCCAUGGUACAAGAACAGAUCAUUCAAACCGCAAUUGAUAUGGCUAGAGAAAUCAAUCAAGCCGGUGUCAUGAAUCUUGACUGUGUGCCUAGAAAUGUAUUAGUAGCACGGGUUGAUGACUAUACAUUUCAGACAUUUAUGAUUGAUUUUACGGACUCUGCCUUUAAAUAUGAUUAUAAAGAUACCGAUGAUCCGGAUGAUAAAGAUAGCUGGGCGAGUAUGCUUGAGUUUUACGACAACCAAGGUGCUAUUGGAUCAGUUAUGACCACGAUUCUCAGGAAAGCGACGGGAUUCGUUCCGAAAAUCACAUACAAGAGAUAAUUAUUGUUUAUUAAUUCUAAGGAGAAGUCUGAAAACUUCGAAAGCGAUAGUCUUAUUAAUAACUUGUUGAAAUUUAUUAAAGUCCUCCUUUGAAUAUUUGAAUGAUCGCUGUUGGAAUAUUUGGUGGCUGGUGAAUCCCGCCCACCGAACGUCUCUG